AUGACAAAGUUCUUUGUCUUGCUUAAUCGGUGGUGGAAGCUCACGGUGGUGAUGACCACGUGGGAUUUCUUGUCUCUGUUUAGCUACACGUGUCUUAAUGUGGGGACAAAUUUUUUUGUUUGCUCUUCGUUUAUUUCAUUUUCUUUCAAUCCACACUCUUUUCUCCUCGUUUGCGAAGUCUACUCCGACGCCUUAUCAGGUUCCACCGCCGGUAUCGGCUGCGUCGGAGAGAUCGUGAAGCACGAGCGGCUCAUCAACGAUCGCUUCUUCAUAAUCUGUAAAGGCCAGGAGCAAUUCUGCAUCACGGAUCUCGUUCGUACGAAGCCCUACCUCGUCGCGAAGGUGACGUGGCUGGAGGAUCGACCGUCCGGUGAGGAGAAUCUGGACGAAUUGGCCAACGAGAUUGAGGUUCUGAUGAAGGAAGUGAUCCGAUUUUCGAACAGAUUGAAUGGGAAACUAGAGAAAGAGGCGCAGGAUCUGAGGAAAAAUCAGUUUCCGACUCCGUUCUCGUUCUUCGUCGGAAGCACGUUGGAAGGAGCUCCAAUGGAGCAGCAAGCGCUGAUGGAGCUUGAGGACACGGAGGCUAGGUUAAAGAGAGAGAGGGAGACGCUGAGGAAUACACUCAAUUACUUGACCGCAGCUUCUGCAGUGAAAGAUGUCUUCUCAUCUCCGUAGUAAUAUUGGUACCUGGCUUCUGCAGGGAGGUAUAUAUCAAUUAAAAGAUUCCAUGGGAAGGAGGAGAGUUCCAAGUUGAUCCAUCAAUGGAUUAUAUGUGUUUGUAGAACUUGAUGCUGCUUUAUUUGAAAGUAAAUUGGAUUGUAGGAACAUAUUUUCUGAUGAUGGAAUAACAACACUUGAUGAAACGGAUUUAACAAAA